AAAUGUUGCUGGGUUUAGAACGACAGGAUGGCAUUUUUGUAAAUUAUGGAGAAACGAAGGUGAAUAUUUUAAAGGAAGACAGUGAGCAUUCGUAUGAAUGUAUGAUCACCAUUCACCACCAAUAAUUCAUACACAAUUCAAGUAGCUUCACUCUCUUUGCUCGCUCUCCUCUCCUCUCCUCACUCUUCUCUCCUCUUCCUUCACACUUUUUUCUUCUUCUCAUUCUCUUCUCUCUCGUAGCUUCACUCUCUUUGCUCUCUUCUCUAUCUUUCUUCAAUCUUUCGUUCAUCUCUCUUUCUUCUUUCUCUUCUUUUUCUUUUCUUAAUUCUCCCUUCAAAACUAGUGUUAAUUUUUCUCAUUAAGUCAUAAUGGACUUAGUAAUUAAGAUCCCUCUUACAAAUGAACACAAUAUUUCAUAUUUUGGUAAUAUAGGAAUUGGAACUCCACGAAUUGUUCAAAGAGUGUCUUUUAAUACCGCUGCUCAUGAAAUAUGGAUUGCAAAUAACAUUCAAGGAAUGAAUAAUCCAUAUGUUGCAUUUGAGUCAAGUACUUGUGAUUAUGGUCCAGAUUCCGAAGCAAAUUUGCAAGUACGGCCGUUUUAUGAUCUUAAUAUGACUGCAAUUAGGAGGACUGAUAAGUUUUGGGCUGGUAAUCGAACUAUGAGGAGUGUAUUUUGUGCUGUGUAUGACGUGAAUCCGGUUUAUUAUUCUGAACUUACAACUUGGACCGGAAUUGUUGGGCUUUCAUUCUCUCCUCCAGCACCACACUAUGCUCCCCCGAUUUGGAGCACUAUGAUGAAUGCAAACAUGUUAUUUGGUAACAUAUUCUCUGUUUGGAUGAGAAACUAUAAUGAUGUUGGACCUGACGGAGGGGCAAUAGUUUUUGGUGCCGCAAAUAGCGAUCAUUUCGACGAAGAACAAGGACAUGAACAUUAUGACCUUGUUGACGGUUGUAGUGAAUGGAUGAUUCAAACGUCUUUUGUUGCUGUUGGACAAAACCGAGAGAUACAAGGCGGCAAAGCUUUAAUUCACACAGCCUCGCCAUACAUAUUUGGCCCUUCUCGUAUAAUUCGAGCUAUCAAUACACAAAUUCUAGGUGGACGUCGUCGUAGACGUAGACAUCAACAAAUUAUCAUGGGAGAGGAGGUUGAAGACGAGGAUAGUCACGUGUUCACACAUGAUGAAAUGUUAACGGCACACAACAUGCCUAACGUGUCGUUCGUCUUCUCCGGUAGUGAUAGAGUUUACACUCUUAGACCGAACGAGUACAUCAUCCAGGUUGGAGGACAAUACGUUAGUGCAUUUAGACCCAUGCAUUUCUCGAGCCCGACCGCUGAGCAUUAUACUCUUGGAAUGCCUUUUCUGAGGCGUUAUCACUCUCUAUUUAACUUCGAGGAACGUAAAAUCGGUUUCGCACCUUCCAAUCCCUAAAGAGUGACUCUUGCUCACAAUCUAUUAUCACGCUUUAACUUAUGUUGGAUUUUUAUGGAUUUGUAAUAUUAUUAUUUGUGUGUUUGUGACUUUAAUGGGUGUGUAAUAUUAUUAUUUGUGGAAUGUUUGAUGUUUUAUUUGUGUGUUGUGACUUUAAUGGGUGUGUAAUAUUUAUAUUUAUGGUAUUUCUCUUUCUU